UGGACAUCAAACCUGCUGUAACUAGUUUACUUUAAUGUUUGAUCAGUUCCAUAAGAGAGAGCUUAUUUAAGAGAAAAACCUAUAAGAGAUAUUACUGCAAGACCACCCUCAAUACAAAUGGAUUUUGAUCCGGAAAAUUAAACAAGGAAGUUGAAAGUAAGAUUCUGACUACAAAUACUACUUUAAUUAGCAUACGUAUCUAUUUCAGGGACAAAGAUUGUGAAGAAAGACUAUCACCCUCUGACAAGCAAUAAACCAUAAGUGGAAUUGUUGCAACACAGCAUAGCAUUCAAAAAGGAAAUUUUAAUUUAGUAAUGAUGAACAUAGUUAAAUAUAUUUACAUUGAUUGUAAAUCCCAAUGCUCUUGUUUUUCCAAUUUUAGUUUUAAUAUUAUUGUUUUGAAAUAAUUUGUAUAGUAACUUUUUGGGGUUUUUUGUUUUUUGUUUUUUUAAGUUUCCUUAAAUUAUAGGGAUAAAUUUGGGUGGUCCUUUGUGACUAGGAUUUUUAAAAUCAGAGUCCUUACUCUUUAUAUCUAAAUUCUACCUAAAAGUGUUCCUGAGUCAUUGCUUCAUUCUCAGUUUUUGUUGAGAACAUUUUAUCUUUCGUGUAGUGCGAAUGUACUGUUGCUGACAAAAGGGGCUUUUCUUCAAACUGUCAAAUAUAAGACAAUUUAGAAUAAUGGUUGAGCAUAAUAUUGCGUCAAGACUUUAAACAAAAUCUUGCUUGUCUCACUUCCACAAAUAAGCUCAUUCAUCUUUAGGGGAAAGAAACUCAAGGCCUCAUCCAGCUCUUUUUGAAGUCCAUGGACAAGUUUCCAUGUGCUUCAGUGGAAGCAGAAUUGUGUAUUUAAGUUGUUUUAUUUUAAAUUGUAAAUUAAUACAUGAAGUUAUGUCAUUUGGUUUUUGGCUUCUCAAAAUCUGACUCAACUUAGCCCUUAAAAAUGUUUUCACUAUGCCCCAGUCUCUAAAGUUUAAAAAAACAAAACAAAAAAACAGAUGUGUAAGGAUCAUAUACAACAAAUCCAGGAACUAGGUGGACUUAAGGGCAUGAAGUCUGAAUCCCCUAUGCAAUUCUGAAUCUACACAGUUGAAAUUCCAAAGCUUUAAAGUAUUAAAUCACUCAGUGAAUCAUGCUAAAAAUGUACUUGCUUGAAAAAUGCAUCAGCAGGGCCACUCAGAGAAUUCAGGGGGCCUGGGGCAAAGCAAUUUUGGAGGUCCCUUCCAUACAAAAAGUUGCAAUAUUAUAGAAUACUAUUUUCUUGUGGGGGCCCCUGCCGGGUCUGGGGCAAAUUGCCCCACUUGCCCCCCUCUCCCCCGUGCGGCCCUGUGCAUCAGCAAAGCUAUUAGCAAUGAAAGUAUUUCGGAAGAGCAGAAAAUAAUAUAAUGCUGUUAAGGAUUAAGGCCCAAAUGUGCAUAUUUAGAAAUCAUUAAGGGUGCAUCUCAGCCAGUAAAACUAGCACUUGUAUUUCAGCAAUUGUGCAGAUGAAAUUGCUAUAUAGACUCAGAGCUUAGGCAUUUUUACAAGUGUCAGGAAAACCUGCUCCGCCAGUGCAACUACACAUUGCUGGCAGCUCCUGAAAUACAUGUAUAGAUUUUGCUCACAUAAACAAGGCCUAAAUACACAAGGUACAUGUUCCUACAGCUCCAAAUAAUGUUUAACUGGUUGUUUUGUCUGUUUGGAAAGAUUUAUGUAACGAAAGGACUUAGUUUACUUUUGGGAAUAAUUACAUUUUACAUUUUUUUAAAUCAAGCCAUUUGUUUCCCUACAGAAUAACAAUAAAAUCUAUUAGAACUGUCUUGGCCAAUGUAAUAACUGAAAAACAGUUCAAACGAUUUAAACCAUUUUUUCUCUAAACAAACCAGUAGGCCUCUAGGCUAAUAAUGUGUGUGCCAAGUUUCAGACAGAUCUCCUUUAAAACAAUAGAACUUUAAACAUUUGACCUCUCAAACCAGGAUUUCAGACGAAAGCUUAACCUGCCCUUAAUUAGAGUUACAUUACCACAUCAUUGGAAUUUCAUCAUCGUAGGUUGUAUAAAGCCUAGCUUGCCCCCCUUACAUGUGCUAAAUAUAAAUGUGCAUGAACAGCAGAAGCAUUUUUUUCUAAUAGCUGAAUCAGCUAAAUAAGUGUGAGCUGAAAUUUUUUUAUCUGACCAUUUGGCUUGCCUAGUGAAGUCAGGAUCAAACCUGAUAGCCAAGGUUAAAUUAUAAUUACAUUUAUCUCAUUAAUUUUAGAUGUUGUCAUAUUGUGCCUUGUUUGAAAAUCUAAUUAUUCUGCUUGUUACAUUAGCAAAUGUAUUUUUAUUGGUUUGGAAAGUAGGGAAAGCCUUUGUGCCAAACCAUAAUUUCACUUUAGUAGGGAUCUAAACAAGCCGUUUCUUUAUAUGCCUAUAUAAAAUGGUUAUUAACAAUACUGGAACAUUGAGUGCACUUUUCCAAACUGUAUUAGAUAAGAUGGGAUUAUUGAUUCUUGGAAAAUAUUCUUGUUCUAUGUAUAUUGUCUUCCUGAAUGCUAUUUAGAAGUGUAACUGUUAGUAUCACUUUAUGUAGCUCUAAAGUUGCAAGAGACUCACUCAAACAUUUCUUACUGAAUUGUAAUUUAUCUAUUUGUUAACCAUGUAUAUUGACAUAUUGUAACAUUAAGGGUGGACCCAUACCAAAUUCCCAGCUCUAACUGUCUCCAAAUUUUGGAGGAAUUCAGAUCUAAUCCAAACUUUUCAGCCAAACUGUGUGUGAUCUUCUUUUCUUAGUCAAAGGUUUUGUUUUGGUAGAAAGAUCUCAAGGCAUCUGACUUCUUUCAGCCUAUUUAGUAAGCAAAACGUAAAGGGCUCUUGCAUCUGCGUGACUCUUAGAACUAUUCUACUAUAGCUCUAGUCUUGUAACCUCCUUUCCUCCCCCCUUAGGAUAUCUCUUUAUUUUCAUUUCCUGUGGGUGUGGCUCUUCUCUUCUUUCACUGAUGAGAAUAGAGGGAAAUUAAUCAGAGAGUUACUUCCCCAAUCUGAUUCUGCUGCUAUUGGGGGACUAUCACUCCCCUAAUCAAGUACCCCAACAAUUACUUGUGUUAGUCCUGGUGCAUUGUGAACUCCCUUUCUUACAAUUCCCUCUGAAAUGGUGUCUUUAUUUGCUUAAUUGCUAUUUAUUCACUCCCUCUAUUCACUUAAUAGCUCUUUGAGUGGCCUCUACAUAUUUCCACUCAUGGGAUACGCUGGCCAGGUGUGGUUUAGACUGUGGAACUAGCAAUUAAAAUAUCUAAUGUGCCCCUCUCCUCACCAUUUGUGAAUGUUCUGAGGGCUAGGUUAUAAAAAGAAAGUGUGGCACUCCAGCUGAGCUCCCUACCUUCCAUUCUAUCCUGUCCAGUUGACAAUUCAGAAAAUGCUCCAUGCAUCAACCCAAUCCUUCUCUUCAGUGCCUUUCAGACCAAUACUUCAGUAGGUUUUAGAUAGAGUUUUUUGGUACAUUUAAAAAAAAUCUUAGUGUACUCUCCCUUAUUAGGCAGAAAAAAGGGCCAAAUAAUUUCUAAAUGUGUUUAAUUAUAUAUCCACGAAGUUUAUAAUUUAGCACCAGUCUCUCUCCCUCAAGGGAUUAGAGCCCAUUCCACUGCAGCCAAAGCAGCAUCUAUGGAUUUUUUUAAAAAACAUGCCCCACUCAUUGAAAUACCUUACAGAUUCAAUUUUACAAAUGCCAGUCUUACAAAAGACAGCGACACAAACUAUUUUUCAAAGCAGAGAUAAAAAAAAUCAUAAUGAAAGUGAUGUUGAUGAAGAACAAGUCAACAUCGCUUCACAUUCCAAUGCCUUCAGUUUAUUGGAAAUUGCUUUGCAGUGAUUUGAAGGACAAGAAAGUGAUGCAGUGCACCAUAUUGCAACUUAUGCACCACAUUUACUGUAAUUUUGAGAUGUUUAAUUUUAUGAACUUUUCCAUUUUAAAUUCCUCAAUCCCUGAUUAGUUUGUAAAACAUGGCUAUUACUAUAUGUAAGGCAGCAACCUUGGGUUCUAUUAAUACUUUCACUAGACAUUAUUCUCUAGAUUUGGUAUCCAAAUCAAAUGCUAGAUUUGGCAGGGCAGUUCUGCGGUCUCUGUUUAAUUAGGACUCCAUAUCCUUCCUUUUGGGAUAGUUUAGCAAACAGUAAUCUCAUGAGUGGGAAUAUGCAGAAGUCUCUCACUAGAGGAAGAAAUGAAGGUUACUUGCCUGUAACUGGAACUCUUUAAGAUUUGCUGUGCGUAUUCACUUUCCCUACCCACCUUACCCUCUUCCUUGGAGUCCUAAUUUCUAAAUGGAACCUGACGGAGUGGUGGAAGGAACUGAGGUGGUUGGAGUUCUAUGCCCCUUUUCAUAACUUUGCACUCAGGAUGUUUGCAAACAUUGAUGGGAGUAAGAAAGGGGGCAGAGGAGUGUUCCAACAAUCAUUGCUUAAGUUCCACUAAGCUGCAUGCAGUCAGCACAUCCCAUCAGCGUGAAUAGAGUCCAUCUCAAACAACUCUGGUUAUAGAUGAGUAAUCUUUAUAUUUUAGUGAAAGACUAACAUUUAUGACUAUAUGUGACUAAAUUAAGCUUUUCUCCAUACGAGUAUAAUGUUUUCUUAUAAAUUAAUAGUAAUAUAAAAAUUUAUUAAAAAGGAAAGGUAAAAGCAUUGGAGACUCUAAUGGGGAAAGGAGGCAAACUGCAAAUAACAAGGGAAAGCUGCAAAAAUAGGGAAAAACAAUAAAAUGUUUUGGAUGGGAGCGGAGGCAAGUGGAACAUUGGGGAAACUCUGAAGAGCGUUCAGUCAUCUUUCUGUCUGUCUCUCUUCAAAGCCACACUCCUUUUUCCAUUUCACUUCUUCCAGAUGUUCUAUUAGGACAAUAGUUCUCAAACUUUUGUACUGGCGACCCCUUUCACAUAGCAAGACUCUGAGAGUGACCCCCCCCCUUAUAAAUUAAAAACACUUUUUUAUAUAUUUAACACCAUUAUAAAUGCUGGAUGCAAAGCAGGGUUUGGGGUAGAGGCUGACAGCUCGUGACCCCCCAUGUAAUAACCUUGUGACCCCCUGAGGGGUCCCAACCCCCAGUUUGAGAACCCCUGUAUUAGGACUUUUAGUUGCAAACGUUCAAUAAUAUGUAGUCAAUUGGCACUGUGUGGUUAAAUCCUUGUGUGCCUCUUUGAGGGACAAAAUCUGACCCCACCACUGUGGCUGUGGAGAGAUCUGAAUAUAAUUUGGAUAAGUGUUGUCCUGUUACACAAACGAACAGGGAGGCAGCCGGUACCCUGGCACAGGAGGCCUGAACAGCAGGGAGCUAUGCUCCAUGUGCACCCUUUGUACCCUAAUGUGGAGGGCAGAGUACAGGUGGAUAGUUUAUCUGUGACGGCAUGGAUCACUAAUCAUCACUCUCUUGUGCAUGAUUGGUACUCCCCCAUGGGGGCUGUGAUAGAGGCAGCAGAGUAUGACAGGAGGGAGAUGGUGACUCCUUCUUCCCCUGAUGUGCAUGGCCUAAUUAUUCAACUAUUUAAAACUUUUUGGUACAAAUGUUUUGCAAGAUUUUAAAAUGGAUGUACUAUUUCUGUUGAUAUACUGUACAUUGAUGAGCCAUAUCAGAGGCUGUUCAAGACAAUCUUCCACCCUAAGCAAAAUGUCAGUGUGCUGUCCCCUGUGCCACUCAAAUUUGGCCCAGUUGCCCCUGCAUCCUGACAGAGGGGUGGCCAUGCCAAAUCUACUGCCCUUGGCAGCUGCCUAGUUCUCCUGUACAUAGAGUAGCCUCUGAUCCAGAUUAUGUAUCCAUGCAGAAGCAUCUGCUAUUUAUUAGUGUCCAGUUGGAGAUUAUCCCCCUAAUUAUACAGUGUCCAGGUGUGCAUUUUGUUGGCUCAGUGAAGCUGUAGAUAAAGCAUAAAGGGCCAGUAAUACUCAGCUGUAGCCAUGAUAUUUAGGUGAUUGUUCAUCAGAGUGGCAAGACUUCCCACUAUAUCUGCUGCCAUCCAGCUGAAAAUAAUGGCUCAGAAAACUGUACUCAUCACAGGUUGCUCCUCAGGAAUCGGCCUGGCCUUGGCUGUAAAAAUGGCCAGAGAUGAACAGAAAAGAUUUAAAGUGUAUGCUACCAUGAGGAAUCUGACCAGGAAGGACAAACUUGCAGAAGCUGCAGGCAGAACCUUGGGUAAAACCCUGGAAAUUAAACAACUGGAUGUCUGCAGUGAAGAGUCUAUUAAAACAUGCGUCAGUAGCAUCCCUGACAGAAGGAUUGAUAUCCUAGUUAGCAAUGCUGGAAUGGGGCUCAUUGGACCUAUUGAAUGCCAGACCAUAGAUGAGAUGAGAACUGUGAUGGAUACAAACUUCUUUGGAUUGGUUCGACUCUUGAAGGAGAUUUUACCUGAUAUGAAGAAGAGGAAGAGUGGACAUAUAGUUAUAAUAAGUAGUGUCAUGGGAAUACAAGGUAUUUUGUUCAAUGAUGUUUAUGCUGCAUCUAAAUUUGCUGUGGAAGGAUUCUGUGAAAGUUUAGCCAUACAAGCACUCAAGUUUAAACUUCAGCUAAGUCUGAUUGAGCCAGGCCCAGUGAUCACAGAAUUUGAAAAAAAGGUGUUUGAAGAUGGAAUGAAAAUGGAUCUUUCGGCUGCUGAUGAAGAAACUGCUGACAUGUUUACUAAUAUUUACCUUAAAAAUUACAAACAGAUUUUCCAAAGCCUGGGACAGAGUGCAGAGGACAUAGCAGAGCAUACAGUAAAGAUAAUUCUUGCAGAAAAUCCACCUUUUCGCCAUCAGACCAACACCCUGUAUACACCAAUGACAACCUUGAAAUAUGCAGAUCCAAAUGGAGAUUUACCUAUUGAUACCUUCUACAAAAUGGUUUUUCAGCAUGAUAAAAUCUUCAGUGCAAGUCUUAACUUCAUCAAACUGCUAAGGUGGAGAAGCAGAAAAAGCUUUGAUUUGGGACACCCUUCACAAUGAAUAUAUGUAUGCUAUUGUGUGCAUUUGGAUCACUGGUUCUAGUCACUGCUGAUAUACUGUUUUGAAAAAUAGCUUUGCAAUAUAACUGAUUACAAAAAGACAUUCAAAAUGUUUGGUUAGUGAGCUUAAUUGAGGUAUUAAUGUUGAUUAACUUCUAUUUUGAACUUCAAGUUUCCAGUGCUUUGAAAGUAAAAUGUUUGACCUACGUCAGUUAUUGUCAGUAAUCUUGGCUGUAUAUUCUAUUUCCAGAGUUGUUCCUGGUAGAAAUUUAUGACCACUAUUUUUCUGAACAUCAACAAACCAAUUAUCAAACAGUCCCUUCAGUAUUUAUUAGAAUUAAAAAGAAAAGAUAUUGAGAUUAGUACUCUGUGUAUAUCUUAUUUGUAGAAAAACUUGAUUUGUUAGUAUUGUAAAACAUAUUGAAUUGCUUUGCUAAUGUUCUAGUGAUUUUUAAAUCACUUAAUACCCUGUUCUAUAGUUCUAUACUUCUAUUUAAAAUGAUUAGAAUAAACUACUUGUUAGAAAGCUAAGAAGUGCAAGCAUUUUUAUAGUUUUAAAAUGUAUUGAAGAUGCCUAAAAUAUGGACAUUCAUAUUAUAGUCAACUUCUAUGAUAGUGGUGAAUGGCUUAUGAUUAUUUCUGUGGUUUCUUAGGGAACACAAAUUAAUACAAUCAAAAUUUUCAAACCCGAGGGCCUAAAGCUAGGCUCCUAAAUCCAUAUUUAGACAUCUAGAUAGAAGUGAUCUGAUUUUCAAUGGUGCUGUGCACCUGCAGCUCCCAUUGAAGUCAGUGCGAGUUACAUGUGUUCAGCACCUUUGAAACUCAGAGCACUAUCUAAAUCAGUGGUGGACAACCUGCAGCCCGUCAGGGUAAUCCGCUGGCUGGCCACGAGACAGUUUGUUUACAUUUG